UGAGUGCUAAUUGAAUGACCAAAAUAAUGUCCCACUGGUGAAGGUUUCUAUAGUUAGCUGCACUUAGAAACAACAGAGGGCGCUGUUCAACUAAUUAAAAAGGUACAACACUUUUGUGUCGGCUGCAGCUUUAGUUUUUUAACAAGUCUGAAGAAACUGAAGGUUCCUGGUUGUACGACUGCAUUCAUGCUUCUUAAAAGUUCAAAGUCAUCAUAAACAUAGGUGCAAUAAAUUGUAUCUCCCUCCCUAAUUGAGUCACUGAUGACAUCAUGGGGAAACUUCAAGAGAGAAGAUUCCCAGUGAGAAAGAAAACCAGUAAAUCCGCAUCCCAUAGCUCUAGCAGCAAAGGAGCGCUCUCGUCAACGUCAACAACUGAUGUGAAGACGACUGAGGGCAAGCUCCCCAUCCCAGAACUUGCUGUCUAUCUCACAUUUGUUGUUAUCACAUUCUCAACUGCCUUCUACAAUGUUUAUAUUUCUUCACAAGAACAUGUGGAAGUCUUCAGUUCCUAUAUGCUUGAACGUGGUUGGUCGAUUUUUGGUAACAGCCACAAGGAUGUAGCUGAUUUUGAAUGGUCAUAUUGGCAUGCAAUGGUGACACCUGUAACUAUACUCCUUACAUUGGGCCAUAUUAUUCUUGGCCGAGUUGUGGAGAAAACUAUUCCCAAGUGGAGGAAGCAUUUUAUCUUUGGUUAUGGAAUGCUUAGUCUUCUAUGCAUAUUUGGUGCCAUGGCAGUUCUAGUGUUCAUCCUGUACACUUUAGUAGCAUACCUCGCUUCCAGGACCAAGUCUGCUGUGGUCGUAUGGGCAGUCAUACUCCUUGAAAUUUUAAGUACAAACACAGAGUUCUUCAGUAGUCAUUUGACUUUUCUCUUCCCGAAUGAAGAACUGUUCAACCAUGUUGUCUUCAGCACAGCUAUGUGUCAACUAAGGCUGCUGAGCUAUUGCCUUGAGUACUGCAAAAGCACUAAAAGGACAACCGCAGCUACCCAGCAGGGAUACACAAAUGAAAAUUGGGAUUUCUUUAGCGUCAUGUCCUACAAUUUCUACUUUCCGCUGUUUGCUACUGGACCUGUUAUGACCUUUGACAAAUUUUCUCAACAAAUCAACAAGUCCCCGAGACCUUUUUCAAAGGAGGAGCUGAAACGCAUUCUGAAGGAGUUCAUGCGCUACAUCUUCUGGGCGGUCUUUGCGGACUUUGUCUUGCAUUUCCUCUAUUUCCCAUCAUUCCAUCAAGUCUGGUACAAAUUCCAAUUCUUACCUACAUGGUCACUAGGUGGGAUCGGUCUCUGCCACCUACUUUUCUUCCAGAUCAAGUACGUGGUAACGUAUGGCAUCCCCCGAGCCAUUGCGCUAUUUGACAGGAUAGAGGCCCCAUUACCACCUGCAUGCGUUCUGAGUAUAUACACAUUUCAAGACAUGUGGAGAUAUUUUGACAGAGGUCUCAACUCCCUGCUAAUAAGCACCAUCUACAUCCCAGUGGGCGGCUCUCAACGAGGUUUUCUGAGACAACUUCUUGCCUCCAUGCUCUGUUUCUCCUUCGUGUUCUUCUGGCAUGGGGUGGAGGUAUAUCUUCUCUACUGGGCCUUAAUCAACUGGCUUGGGGUCGUUGUCGAGAUCACUGUCCAAAAGGCGGUCGAACAGUUUGGAAUUUUAGCGUUCCUUAAGAGUAAGAUGUCGCCAUCAGCCGUUUUCAGAGUGCUUGGUUUGUUUCUGACAUUGAACUAUAUGCUUCUAGCUCUUUCAAACCUAGUCUUUCUUGGUGGGCAGCGUGUGGCGUAUACUUAUUAUCAUAGGAUUAUAGUAUCUGGCUGGCCAUGGCCCCUCCUAACAUUCUUCUGUACUUUCUACUCUGUGUUACAACUCACCAGAGCUCUACAUCAACACUUUGGUAAAAGUUACUUAUGCAAGAAAGUUUAUGCCGUUUGAAGGAAUACUCAAUACUCAACUUUGUGAGGUUUUUCUGUGUCUCGCUGUGUAGUUAGGAGUCAACGGAGCACUUUCUAUGCAAAAGAAGAAGAACACAAAUUGUUCAGCCUCCUGCCUUUUAAAUACAAGGAAGUAGGAGGGCCUUUUUUAAAUGGCCGAACCACACAUUUUUAAAAGCUUGGUUAUUUAAAAAAUAAUGCAA